UUGUUCGUAGUGCCGUUUAUUAAAGGUUAGUUUCGUUCGUUCGCGGUAUUCUCAUUUUUAGGUUAUACACGUGCUUAUUCCGAACAUUGAUUCUAGCGUCAAGUUGUAUGAAGAUAAUCAUCGUAUGUAUCGAUUUGCAAAAACAACGUAGCAAUCAUGUUGGUGCUAUUCGAAACAGCGGCGGGAUAUGCAAUUUUCAAGUUGCUGGACAACAAUAAACUUGCACAGUCGGAGAAUCUGUACCAGGACUUUGCAACGCCACAAAGGGCCAGCGAAUUAAUUACCUUGAAGCACUUUUACAAGUUUGAGGACACAACCGAAGCAUUGUCAGCCACCACGGCAGCUGUGGAGGGUAAAUUAUGCAAGUCCUUGAAGAAAGCUCUCAAGAAAUACUGCGAAACACAUGACCAAAUAGCAGUUGCUGAUGUAAAGUUAGGCAAUGCUAUAAAGGAGAAACUAGGCUUAAAUUUUGUGAGUAACAUGGCAGUGCAGGAACUGAUGAGAGGUAUCAGGGGUCAAUUGGACAAUCUGUUGGCUGGAAUACCCAAGAAAGAAAUGACUGCCAUGAGAUUAGGACUGGCACACAGCUUGUCCAGGUACAAGCUAAAAUUCUCACCUGAUAAGGUUGAUACUAUGGUGAUACAGGCAGUGAAUCUGUUGGAUGAAUUGGAUAAAGAAUUGAACAACUACAUGAUGCGAUGCCGUGAGUGGUACGGCUGGCACUUCCCUGAGCUGAGUAAGAUUAUUCAGGAUAACAUGGCUUACGUGAAGACGGUGCAGCUCGUCGGCAUACGAGACAACAUUGUAAAAUGCGACUUAUCGGACAUCCUGGCCGAAGAGAUUGAGGAACAAGUGAAAGAGGCUGCGGAGGUUUCAAUGGGCACGGAGAUCUCCGAGGAGGAUGCCGAAUACACGCAAUACCUGUGCAGCGAGAUAAUCUUGUUGUCCGAUUACAGAACUCAGCUGUACGACUAUCUGAAGUCCAGAAUGAUGGCGUUGGCGCCGAAUCUGUCGAUAUUGGUAGGAGAACUGGUCGGUGCACGUCUCAUGUCGCAUGCUGGUUCCCUUGUUAAUCUUGCCAAACAUCCAGCGUCUACCGUGCAGAUUUUAGGCGCGGAAAAAGCGCUCUUCCGCGCACUCAAGAUGAAGAAAGACACGCCCAAAUACGGUCUGAUCUAUCAUGCAAAUCUCAUCGGCCAAUCUUCGAAGAAGAACAAAGGCAAGAUGUCCAGGAUGUUGGCAGCGAAAGCUUCUUUGGCCACGAGAUUUGAUGCAUUGGGCGAGAACACCAGCUUCGAUCUUGGAGUGGAACAUAAGAAGAAAUUGGAGGCACGACUGCAGCUCCUUGAACUAGGAAAUGUACGCAAAAUUAGUGGCACUCUCAAAGCAAAAACCAAGUUCAAAAAGUAUCACAGCGACAAUGAGUAUGCACAGUAUCCUACAUCUAUUGACUCAACUUUGAAAAAGGAUAUUCCAAGCAAGGUCUUGGUUGAGGAGAUAAUUGAAGAAUCGCAGCAGGACAACGAAGAGGUAGAUAAGAAGAAGAAGAAAAAAAAGAAACGUAGUUUAAUGGUUGCAACGGAGGAUGUAGGAGAGUCUUCCGGUGUGCAAGAAGUAAAAAUAGAAACCGAGUCGACUGAGCCGAAGAAGAAGAAAAAGAAACGCAGCUCGAUGAUAGUAACGGAGGAAGUAGAAGAGACUUCUGCUGUACAAGAAGCACAAGUGAAAACGGAACCAACUGAUAUACCGAAAAAGAAAAAGAGGAAACACAGCACGAUGGUUACAACAGAAGACACAAGAGAGUCUUUUGGUAUUCAAGAAGCGCAAGCAGAAACGGAGUCGACCAAUAUACCGAAGAAGAAAAAGAAACAUAGUCUAACGUCUACAAUGGAGAUGUCUUCUGGUGUGCAGGUGGAAGAAGAUCUAUCCUCAUCGAAGAAAAAGAAAAAACGUGAUGUGGAACACAAAACUGAAGACGUAGCGGGCUCUUCCGAUACGCAAGAAUUACAAAAGAAAAAAAAGAAGAAGAAGAAGAAAGAGAAGGAAUAAUUGUAUGGUCAAGAAAUUUAAUGUAAGAUUAAAAUGGUAAUAAAAUAAUGAAGUAAAUAACAGUAAAAUGUUAUAUUACAUCGCUGUGUUUUAAAUGUUGAUAAUAGUACACGAUAUUGUUUAUGCGAAAUAAAAACAUUUUUUACUAUAGAACUAGUAUAUUACUAUACUAGUAUAUUACUAGUUUUUACUAUAGAACUAGUAUAUUAUACACAGAUGCAAAAUAUGAAUACAAUGAGUGAUUAUUUUAUGUAACAUAAUAAUAUAGUUUUUCGUAAAUAUAAUUUUUACACACAUAUACUCUUUUUAUUUUAGAAGAUUCUUCAUAUUCUGGACUAUUAAAAUUUGAAGUCAACAUUUAACUGGUUGUACAUAUAUAUAAUUCUUCGAGUUACUCAGAAACAAAAUUUACAUGGUUGCAUUAUGAGAAGUUCCUUUUAACAAUAUAUUAAUAGGUCGGUAAUAUGUCAAAGAGCGCAUAUUAUAUGAUUAUGGGAAGAAUUAUAUUUUCCUACCUUUGUGUGAGUUAUAAUGCAAUCAACCAAUUGUAACCAUGAAAUUAAAAUAUACUGAUUAAUAUAUCCA